AUGGGAAAAAUGGAGAAACAUUGCAUCGGUGAAGUCAACGAAAUUUACGAACGACACUGUUUUAAUAUGCGUAACAAGCUUCCAACGGAGUCGGUUGAUAGUUUUGUUGCCGAGUUAAGGAAUCUGGUCAAAACAUGUCAUUUUUGCGAUAGUUUAAUCUGUGAUCGCAUUGUGCUUGGAAUUAAAAACGAGCAGACGACCAAGAAGUUGCUGAGAAUGAGAGAUCUUACUCUGAAUCGUUGCAUCGACGUGUGUCGCAGCGAGGAAGUUGCUGAGUUGCAAAUGAAGUCGUUAUCUGGGCCGGUGGAUAACAUUAAUCAAGUAAAGUCAAGUUCUAAAAAACCUCGAGCUCCAACACCGGUGGGCGAGCGGUCGGCAAAGAAAAUUUCCUGCAAAUUUUGUGGCUAUGACCAUCAACCUGAUAGGAAGAUGUGCUCCGCAUGGGGAAAGAAGUGCAAGCUAUGUAAGGAAAAGAAUCGUUUUGCCAAGAAGAAGUGUAAGAAAGUUCCUGUCCAUAAUAUUGAGAGCGAAGAGAGUAAGAGGAGAUCAGCGUUGUAAGAGUACAGGCUUUGAGAGAGAGAGAGCUGUGUAUGCGAGAAUGCUGGUUAGGCAGCAACCGGUACAAUAUCAAGUGGAUUGUGGUGAAAGUGCAAAUAUUUUACCUCUGAAGUAUGCUGAGGGCGAGGAACUCGACUCGUGUUCGCAAACGCUUGUCAUAUGGAAUGGAACUAAAGUGACGCCUGUCGGUUCCUGUGCGUUGCCUGUUGUGAAUCCGAAAACUAAUGAGAAGUACAAAGUCCGGUUUCUAGUCGUGAAAGAGGAUUUGACCCCUCUGCUUGGCUUAAAUGCAACGCAGAAAAUGAAGCUGUUAACUGUACACAAGGAAAACUUCAUUAAUGUCGUGGAGAAUGCAAAGGAUGAUCUCACAGCUAAUUAA